GGGGUUACACCUUGACCAGAUUGACUGUCCACAUGUUGUGCAGCCAAGUAAUACUCAGACCUAGACAUACACAUGGGGUUAAUGGCCCAGUGCUGGUUGCUUCAUCUUUGCCUUGAUGUCUUGUAUCAGGGCUUAAUCAUUCGAUGACAUACUUGACAGCUUCGGCCUUGCUCCUUCUGGCCUCCAGUAAAUGAUGUGGUGUUCUUAUCUGAGUCAUUACAGCGUAGGAUCCUUCAGGCGAGAGGAUUUAAGCAGAGCUCUGGAUCCUGCCCAACUACUCAUCAGAUAUACACAGAGCAAGAGAUACCCAGUCCACAUAACCGAUCACUGGUAAUACAGAGGACCUGAACACCCAGCCUUCCAAUAGACGUGGACUUCUUGACCAUCAAUAGACCAUAUCCCCUACGGCAUCAGGAGAAUACAGUCACUCCCCCAUAUUGACCAGCAACCCCAUUCUCUUCUAAGACAUGUUACCUGCCACCUUCAAACUCUGUGCCGGGAUAUCAUACAGACAUCUGCGUAACAUGACAGGUCUCAGGAGAACAGCUGCAGUAGCUCUAUCACAUGAACUGGAAAAGUUAGCUUUAGUUGGACCAGGACCAAGUCAAUGGAUAAACCAAGUCAGAAGAAGAAGCUCUCUACUGAGUUCCAGGCUCGAAGAGAAAACCUACAAUGAAGUUGAGAUGUCUUACAUCAAGCAGGGAGAAGAAGCUUUAAAGAAGUCAAUGAGCAUCCUGGGCGAACAAGAUGGAUGGAAAGUGGAAAUUGUGGCGGAAAAUGGAGAUAAAGUUCUCAGUAAAGUCCUCCCAGACAUCGGAAAGGUCUUUAAACUGGAAGCGGUAGUGGAAAGGCCGCUGGACAAUGUGUAUGGAGAACUAGUGGACAACAUGGAGAAGAUGGGAGAGUGGAACCCUAAUGUUAGAGAAAUUAAGAUUCUCCAGAAGAUUGGAAAGGACACAAUGAUCACACACGAGAAAGCGGCAGAAACCGCCGGGAAUAUCGUAGGACCACGGGACUUUGUGAGCGUGAGAUGCAGCAAGAGGCGGGGGUCCACCUGUAUUCUAGCUGGAAUGUCAACCAGAUUUGGGUCAAUGCCAGAACAGAAGGGAUAUGUAAGGGCAGAGAACGGCCCAACAUGUAUGGUUCUCCACCCAGUGCGUGAAGACCCCUCAAAAACCAAACUAACUUGGCUUCUCAGCAUUGAUCUAAAGGGCUGGCUGCCAAAAUCUAUCAUAAACCAAGUUUUGUCCCAGACGCAAGUGGAUUUUGCUAAACAUCUCCGAAACAGAAUCUCCAUGUCCACUGCCAGUCUGUCACUCUGUUAAACCUUCACCACCCUGGUCACAUUCUAUAUGCUCAUCCCUUUUAAAAGUAUACCCCCUUAAAUGUAUUAAAGGGAUACUCCGCUGCUCAGCGUUUGGAACAAACUGUUCUGAACGCUGGAGCCGGCGCUGGGAGCUU